CUCAAAAAAGCACAGCAAACAAGAAACAUUUCUCUCUGAAUUAGAUCUCUCUGCAACGGCAACGGCAAUGGCCGGGAGAUCAGGGUUUGGUUCGGCGCGAACGAUGAUCGUCACCAACACGCCGGCAAAAGAUCUCGCUUACACCAAUUUCGCCUACUGCUCGCCCUCGGAUCUCCGGAACUUCUUGGUCUCCGGGUCGAAGCUCGCCUUUGCCCUUGUCGCCGAUGCUUUUGUCUUGUCCCUGUCUCCACAUGAAAGCAUACCUAAUGGCCACAUUGCCCUCAAUGCAAUCCAACGUCGCCAUGCUAAAGUUUCUGCUGGGGACACAAUAUCCAUCAGCAGAUUUGUUCCACCGGAUGACUUCAACCUAGCAUUGCUUACUCUUGAACUGGAGUUUGUAAAGAAAGGGACAAAAGAUGAGCAGGUUGAUGCUGUUUUGUUGGCUCAGCAGAUCCGGAAGAGAUUUAUCAACCAGGUUAUGACAACAGGACAGAGGGUAACAUUUGAGUAUCAUGGCAAUGGUUAUAUUUUUACUGUUAAUCAGGCUGCUAUAGAGGGACAAGAAAAAUCAAGCAGUAUUGAGAGAGGGAUGAUUUCAAGUGAGACAUAUAUAGUCUUUGAAGCAUCAAACUCCAGUGGAAUAAAGAUUGUCAACCAGCGUGAAGCUGCUAGCAGCAACAUCUUUAGGCACAAAGAGUUUAAUCUUCAGUCCCUGGGAAUAGGUGGAUUAAGUGCAGAGUUUGCUGAUAUAUUUCGGAGAGCCUUUGCUUCUAGAGUUUUUCCUCCACAUGUGACCAAUAAAUUAGGCAUCAAGCAUGUCAAGGGAAUGCUGCUCUUUGGACCACCAGGUACUGGAAAGACGUUAAUGGCUCGUCAAAUUGGAAAAAUGUUGAAUGGGAAGGAGCCAAAGAUUGUCAAUGGACCUGAAGUACUGAGCAAAUUUGUUGGUGAAACUGAGAAGAAUGUGAGAGAUUUAUUUGCUGAUGCUGAACAGGACCAGAGGACCCGAGGGGAUCAAAGCGACUUACAUGUUAUCAUAUUCGAUGAAAUUGAUGCAAUUUGUAAGUCAAGAGGUUCAACAAGAGAUGGUACUGGAGUUCAUGAUAGCAUUGUCAAUCAGCUCCUAACGAAGAUAGAUGGUGUUGAGUCUCUAAACAAUGUUUUGCUGAUUGGGAUGACUAACAGGAAGGAUUUGCUUGAUGAAGCACUUCUAAGGCCUGGUCGUUUGGAAGUCCAAGUGGAGAUUAGCCUCCCUGAUGAGAAUGGUCGUUUUCAAAUUCUUCAGAUUCACACAAAUAAGAUGAAAGAAAAUUCUUUUCUUGCUCCAGAUGUAGAUUUGCUAGAGCUGGCUGCUCGGACAAAGAAUUAUAGUGGGGCUGAGCUUGAAGGUGUUGUAAAGAGUGCAGUAUCAUUUGCUUUAAAUCGACAAUUAAGCAUGGAUGACCUAACUAAGCCAGUAGAUGAGGAGAGUAUCAAAGUCACAAUGGAGGACUUUUUAAAUGCUCUCUAUGAAGUUAGGCCAGCAUUUGGAGCUUCCACCGAUGACCUUGACCGCUGCAGGCUUAAUGGUGUUGUAGAUUGUGGUGCGCGACAUGAACACAUAUAUAAGAGAACCAUGUUAUUGGCCGAGCAAGUAAGAGUUAGCAAAGGAAGCCCACUUGUCACAUGUCUUCUGGAAGGGCCAAGUGGCAGUGGCAAGAGUGCAAUGGCAUCUAGUGUUGGUAUUGACAGUGAUUUCCCCUAUGUUAAGAUAAUCUCUGCCGAGUCGAUGAUUGGACUUAGUGAAGCAAGUAAAUGUUCUCAAAUUGUCAAGGUAUUUGAGGAUGCUUACAAAUCACCAUUAAGCAUCAUUAUCCUUGAUGACAUUGAGAGGCUACUGGAGUAUGUUGCAAUUGGACCUCGGUUUUCUAACUUAAUUUCUCAAACAUUAUUGGUCCUUCUCAAAAGGCUUCCUCCCAAGGGGAAAAAUGUACUUGUGAUUGGUACAACAAGUGAAGUGACUUUUCUGGAUUCAAUUGGCAUUUGUGACGCAUUUUCUGUCACAUACCAUGUUCCAACACUGAAGUCAGAAGAUGCUAGAAAGGUGCUACAACAACUUAAUGUUUUCUCUGAGAAUGAUGUUGAUGCUGCUGCCGAGGCCUUGAAUGAUAUGCCGAUCAAGAAGCUCUACAUGGUAGUUGAAAUGGCUGCUCAAGGAGAACAAGGAGGGGGAGCAGAAGCCAUUUACUCUGGCAAAGAGAAGAUCAAAAUUUCUCACUUCUAUGACUGCCUUCAGGACAUAGUCAGAUAUUAGCAGUGUAGUUCCUUCUGACCUUCUCCACAAAGUUCAUGUGAACCAAGGGUUUCUAUAAUUGCAAUGUUGAUGUUAUUCUUUGCCUUUCUCAUUUGUUAACACUUAAUCCACUGAGCAUUUGCUUUAACUUUGGAGUUUCUGUUGUGGGAUUUCAUUAGAGUAUCUGUAAACUCCCAAGUUUUGAGAUUAUUAUUUUUGCAUUUCCAGCUGAAACAAGUGUCAUGCAAUGCUACUGCCAUCUCAACAGCACUACAAAAUGAAGGUGUAUGGCCUGUGAUAAAUGGCCAAGCUAGACAAUCUGGCGUUGUUGAUGCUUGACACCAUCUUGAUAGAAUGUUCCAAGUUAUCGUAUUGCAGUUCUCAAACUCUUAACUCUA